AGUUUUCAAUUAUAGAAAUAAAAGUAUAGAAUAUCAUUUAAUUAUAAUAUAUAUAUAUAUAUAGUAUCAUUAAGAUUUAGUAAACUUAGGUUGUUUAUUUUCUUGAUAUUUAUAGUUAUAUAGUUUUGAUCGGUGUCAGGCACACAACACUUGCCAAGAAUGUCAAAAAUUGUGAAUAGUAAGCAGAAUUCAAUUGAGCACAUGAUUUUAAAUAAUGAAAAAAAAUCAAAAAUAACAAUAGAUGAAUCUGAAGAAAAUCGUUUUCGUACAUAUAAUAUUAAGGAUUUGAAAAUGGCUAAAACAUAUUUACCGGAAAAUUUAAUACGUGAUUUUAAAAAAGGUUUUGAGGCCUCAACAAAAUCUCCAUCAACAACAACAACACCAAAAUCACGUAAUUUUGUGAAAAAACUCGUCGCUACUUUGGAAAAUAAAAAAUAUCAAGCAAGCGGGCAUUGCACGGCAGACGAUGAAUUCUUCGCCAAAUGUUAUUCUCGACCAUUAUCCAAAAAUCAUGUGUCUUAUGAAAAUCAAGAAAAGAAAAAAAAUUAUUUCGAAGAAAAAUAUAAUUCAAAAAAUGAAAAAUCAAAAGAAAAAUUUGGAGGUACAAAAAAGAAAAAAUUAAGUUCUGAGGUUUCUAAGCAAGGAGCAGUAACAAAUUUGACUAUCGAUGAAUAUAUAAAAUUGAAUACUUCAAAAAAUAUUCAUAUUACGAAGAAAAAUGAGAAUUCUGAUAAAAGAAAUAGCUUUUGGAGUUCAAAAAAUAAGGAAAAAGUUGAAGAAGAUCAUCAUUUUGAUGAAUCAGAGACUAUUACUUUUCGUCGAAGUUUCCCCGAAAGAAAUAAUGAAACAGAAUUUUCCUUUCAAUCUGAUAAAUCAGAUAGUCUUUCAGCUAUUUUCACUGAAACUAAAAAUAAAAAAAAUAUUUUCAGACGUUCUGGACAAUUUGAGGAAAAAAAAUCAUUUAAAAAUGUUUUAAGUUCAUUAAUUGGAUUUAAAAAUCGUAAUCCAACGCUUCCCAGAGGUAAACGUAAUAUUUUCAAUCCAAAAGAUAGUCUUGGUGAAGAAAUGAGAGUUUUUAGAAGAGACUUUAUGAUGCCUGCUUUAUUAAAAGCAGCAAAAUCUUAUAAAGACGAAUUUGAAGAUUCAACUAAAGACGAUACAUUUACAACAAUGAUGGCGGCAUCGAAGCCACAAAUUGAUAAUCGAAGUGCAUCGAUACAUCCAUUUUAUGGCGCUAAAAGAGCAUCAACAUUUCUUCAUCCACUUCCAGAAGAAAAUUAUGAAUUUCAGAAUGAAUUAUUGCAAGAAAAAAGUAUAUCUCAAAUAAAGGACAAAAAAAAUUCUCCUCAACAUAGUCCACCAUUUUAUCAAAGACCACGUGAAAUUAUUUACGAUAUACCAAAAUCAAAUAAAGCCGUUAAUUUUGAAUUUCAAUUAAAAAAUGAUGACAGAAAUUCCAAUGAUUAUCAAAAUAUGGAUAUUCUUAAUGACAGUAGUAAUUGGUGUAAAAUUUCUAAUCCAGCGCCAAGAAAAAAUAUUAUAUGCGGUAGAAGAGCAUUAUUUAUUCGUAAACGAAAACAAGAAAAAAAGCAAUGAGAAUAUAUAUUUUUUCUAUAAUACUGAUCAAAACAAAUAAUUUUCUAAUUUUUUUUUUAAUCUAUAAAAUUUGAUCAAAUUUGAAUAAUUAUUUAUUAUUAUGAUUAUUAAUAUUGAAUCGUAUAUAAUUAAACUGCUCCUUGCGAUUUUAACCUCAUAUAAUUAUAAUAUCAAUUUUUAAAUUAAGAAAAAAAACUACUGACAUCGACCUCUUUUAUUAUAUAUAAUACCUAUACGAGAAAAAAUUUAUAAUGUAAAAUUUGUGGAGUGACUUUCUUUUUGUAUUUAAAGAAACAAUUUGUAUAUUAAUUAAUAUUUUUUUAUUUGAUAUGUAAAUAUAUAUGAGAAUUUUAAUUUUCAAAUUAUGAAUAAAAAUAAUUUAAAUAUAAAUGAAUUUUUUUUUUUGUAGAACAAAUAUAUUUAUUUAUUUACAAAUAAAUAUAUAAGUAUUAUUACAAAUAAAUAUAUAAGCCUAGUAAAAAUUAUUCCGAAAAUAAAAAAAAAAAGUUUUAGGAAAGUCCGACAUUUUGAAUUUAAAAAAUUUGACUUUUAUUUUUGUAUUUACAUUGAAUCACUCCAAAAUACUCUCUGUAGCAAGUUUUGCAAAAAUUCGUUAUGAUUUAAUAAAGUUAUUGAAGGUUUUAA